AUGGUUUCUGAGGACUGCGCGGGACAGGAAAGUUCGAAUGUUCCCAUAGUGACCGAAGGCUUAUUACGGUUACCGGGAAUCAUUAUGAGAGAAAGUUUGAAAAAGGAAAGCAAAGACAUUGCCAAGGGUGAUAAACAGAGAAUACAAACCCAGGAACAAAAUACAGAGAAUACAGAGAAUGAAAUACAGAGGUUCUCGGUUAAUAUGAUAAAGGGAAACGACAAGAGACUUUUACUUUGUGUCUUUAAUUUCCUGUGGAAGAGUAAACGAAAGAUAUUAGAAACAGACGCUCCAAGCAAGGAAGUCUCAGGAAAACCUACAUCCCUGCGAUCUUGGCGGGUCAAAGGUCAUGGGGUCAAAUGGACUCUCGCAGUUGUCCGUCUGACAGCCUUAGUGAUCGUGUGGCCAGGUCGAACGUCCUCCAAUUUCAUGCCGUACCAAAUCGAUUCGGAACCAGAUAUGGAGGAGGAGGAUCUCCGUAUCAGUGUGGUGGACGUUUAUGACUUGGCCUCGGAAAUUGGCAAGGAGUUCGAGAAGAUAAUAGACAAAAAUGGAGCAGAUGCGGUGACUGGGCUCAUGCCUAGGGUGAUCAGCGCCCUCGAACAGCUGGAGAAGUUGGCAACACGGCAUGAAUCCACGUCCUCGUACAUCCAGGAGCUGAGGGCGACCAUCACCCACCUCGAGAAUGAGAAGAUCGGCAAGGCAGAAGACCGGCAGCGCUACGAGAAGGAGCUGGAGGAGAUCGAGGACCGCCUGCGGGAGGAGAGCCACGAGCUGGUGGCGAUGGUGUCCCGGCUCCAGGAUGAGAACCGGAAGCUUUCCACGUCGCUCGCCAAGUCCGAAGGAACAGUCAUCCACUCUAACGGUUCGACACCUGAGGUUGACCUCAAAGUGGUGACGCGGCUGCAGGAGGUUAUCGAAGCGCAGCGGGAACAGAUGCACAAGACAGAGAAGGAAUGCCAUUUAAAAGCAACAGAGCUGGACAACCUGAAGUCGCAGCUGGACAAGGUCAACCAUGUGAACAGAGAACUGCGGCGCCGCCAGAGGACCUACGGCAGCCAGAUGCGGUCACUGAUCGACGAGCGCGCCGAGUUGCAAGCGGCGCUGCAGGAGGAGACGCGUGCUGUCAACGUGCUUCGGCAGCGACUGGGACUCGCGCAGAAGGAGAACGAGGACCUGGCCAGUUCCAGUAGUGAUAGCCUGGACUUGACCAACAAGUUGGUAUUUGACCGGGAUGACCCCAACCGACCUCGUUUCACAAUGACUGAGCUUAAAGAGAUUCUCUACGAGCGCAAUGAACUGAAAGCUCGUGUGUCUGAUCUCGAAGAUGAAUUGGAAAUGUACAGGCCCAAGGAAGAGCGACAGCGGAGCCACAUUAUCUGUCCUCCGGUAGAGAUGGUGGAUCCGGAGGGGGGGCUCCAGCCUCCUACAGACCCCCUCACACCCCCCCCCUCUCUCUCCGACUCACUUUCCAACGAGAUACAAGAUGCCGCAGAGGAAGAGGAUCCACCAGUUCAAGGUCCCAUGCCCUAUGAACCUGAUGAUGCCCCGUGGAGGAAGGGAGAAUCUGGUAUUAGGAAGUUCUUUGGGUACUUGAAUUCAGUAAGAGAGCGCUUGAUAAGUGGUGUAGAAGAGAAGCUUCUGGGCGAAGUGCAGGAAGGAAAGAUCAGCUCCUGAAGCUGGGCUUCCGUCGGCUCUUCGGUGAUGAUGAGACUGGCUCAGGAUCCAGUCCCAAGAAGAGCUUGCUUAACCUUAGCCGCCCCUGAGGACUCAGUAGGGCCUUGUGCAGCUGGACUAACCUCUGGGCCCGAGCAGAUGAUCACUAAGAAAGUCCAGCCUUAUUAUACCUGUCCCUAUGAGGAUAUGAUAUUCCUGCGUAAUCAAAGCCGCAUAAGAUAUCUCUGUGGUGCAACAAGGGGCAUAAAUGUUACAGUAUGCCAUCAGAUUCCUAUGAAACAAUACUUUGAGAGAACUUCUUCCAAAGCCCCUUUUUUUAUUUGUCAUCAUUGUGUUAGAAGUUUAAUGGGUAAUAGUGCUGACAGCUUUUCAGAGGGAGAGACUGAAAUAGAGUCUCUCAUCAAUAGAGGAGGACUAUCACUAAAUAGGGUAGGCACAAGGUAUCACAUUUUGGUUAUGCCUCAGGCUGCCAUUGAAAAAGAUCUGAAUUUUAGGGACAGUGUUUCUGAAGAAUCUGAGUGCCUAUCCGACUCUCUGAAUGGCUCUUGGAAACAAUUAAUCUGUGAAUUUCAUGUAACUGCAAGUGAAAGCUCAGUAAACUGGAAUUAUUAUAACUCUAAUGAAUCUUUAGCACCCAUGUUAAAUUUUAUGGAAUUUUAUAAGUCAGUCUUUGGGUAGUUAUGUGCAUUAAAUACGCAUUUGUUAUGGUUCAUAUAUACUGUUCAUGUACUAUAUUGUUAUAUGAGAUUCAUCCCAUUAUCAUGUACUGUCACUUAGCUUUUUUUUUUUUUUUUGCUGUCAUUAUAGUACUGUUUAAUUAUCCAAAGAAGUCUCCAUUUUGAAGAAACCUAUAUGAAUAUUUGAAGAAAUAUACAAGAGGCAGGAUUAUAUACCAAAGUCAUAAGUAUAUGUAAUAUAAGAUGAAUUUGUGUAUAUGAGUAUAGUGAUAUAUUUUGUAAUGACUAGAGUGCAUAUAAAGGGAUGUUAAUGAGGUGAUAUUUUACUGAAAGGAUUGAUAACAAUCAGUGGAACAUAUAUUUUAGUGACUUUCUUGGAAAAUACGACAAUCCAUGUCAAGUGUUGUACAGUAAAGGGAAAACCAGUGUGAUAAGUGUUUGUUAUGAAAUCCAUAUCUGUAGGACUAUGUCCUUGUGAUUACCAUAUCAUAAAUGUUGGCUAUAUUAUGGCUCUGGAUCCUGUUGGAGAGAAGGAAUUAUGAGUUUAUUGAUGAUAUUAAGAAGUGUGACUUUUGCUGUUUGACUUCCACUCUCUUGUCUGUGUUCAUCUUAUCUUCAGUUAUGUUUUAGGUUUUACAUGUGUAUUCCUUUAUAUAUCUCACUGAUCAAGAUAUUGAAUAAUCUGUAUUUUCUUUGAUUUGCUUUUUAUUUCUUAUAUAGGAAGUUAUGGAUCUGCUUUGACUGGGAAUUAACCCAUUGAUACAUGCACAUAUGCAUGUGAACUUGUAUAUAUGCCCUGGCCCUUGUGGUUUUAUUUAAUUUUGUUGAGAUGCAGAUGACCCCAGAAGCGCUUAGUCAACAAGGAAUCUGUUAUAAAGCCUACUUGACCUCAUCAAUUUAUCUCAUUGAUUUUGGAAAAAGGUUUUUAUUUUCAUUACUGUUAUUAUUGUUGUUAUUGGAAUAAUGAUGAUAAUAAUAGUAAUAAUAAUAAUAAUAAUAAUAAUAAUAAUAAUAAUAAUAAUAAUAAUAAUAAUAAUGAUAAUAAUUAAAACAAAAAAAAAAUAAUAAUAUAGUAAUAAUAAUAAUGAUGAUAAUAGAUAUUAAUGGUUAAUAACAUCAAUAGCAAUGUUUUCCUGAAAGCAAGAUCAGGUAGGCAUUUUUUGGCAACUAAGUGCUUGUGAAGCCAUCAGUGUAUAAACAAUAAUAAUAAAACAAAACCAUAGUGGACACAAUGUAUGUAUAUACUCAGCACCAGUGGGUUAGGAUUAAAAGAAAGAAAAAAAGGCAUCAAGGAGACAUCUGACUUUAUUUGUUCUUACUGACAAACUGCAUUCAGAAAAUGGAGUCAAAUAUAAUUCAAGUACAUUGCAGUAUGAGUCAGGUAAAGAGUGAUAUCACAAGGCUAGUGUAGAAAAAUGGAGUUAAUGUUCAGCUAUUUUGAAAUUAUUAUAUAUUAGCAUACUUUUGUUAGGUGUGUUCCAGUUUUAGACUGAACUGAUUUGUAUGAGGUAGGGUAAGUAUACCGAAAAUGAAACUCAACUGCAGGAUAACUUUCCUCAAAAAUGUAGAGUAAAAAAAGGUGAAGAAUUGUAAAAAUUUUACCAUGAGGAAAAGCACGGUGUAUUAUUGAACAGAAAGAUUUAUAAAAGUGGGAGUGAAAAAAUUGUUUUAAAAAAUAUGGUGUAAAUAAGAGCUUUUCUGCUGUUGGUAUUCUCUGCCACUUCAAAUAGUACAAAGUGACAUGUUUGUUAUAAUGAUUAAGUACCAAGCAUUGGCAUAUCAGUUUCAAUUCAUGUUAGAGUAGAUAAUUUUAUUUAGAUAAUGAAUUAUGUCAAAGAGGAAACUUCAAGUUACUUUAGUUAAUUUUCUGAGACAUCUCCAUCCAGUGUCUGUCCAUAUAUUACCCAUCGAAAAUGUCUGGGAUCACACUCAAUGAAAGUAUUGGAAUGAUAUUUAGUUGUGGGGAUGAAAAGUAAAAGGCUUUUAUGCUGAAUAUAUAUAAUAAUUGAUAGUAGCAGUACAAACUCCAAUAUCUGUAUUCUCCUAAUUUCUCCUUUGCAUACAGGAUCUGGGAAUAAGCUGUUAGCUUUUCCUAAAUACUUUAAAUAGCUUCAGUAUGAUUGUAUCACUUGUAUUCAGCUUAUGCAUGUUUAAUGCACCUCUUUUUUCAGAGUGCUGAAGGAAUUAUUGCCAUUCACCAGAUUAAAUAAGUUCAAGACUUGCUGCUGUUUCCUUGGUAUGUAACACAGUAUUAAGGCACCAGUGUAAAUUUUAGGGAUUUCUUUGUUAUUGCUGUGAAUCCUCAAAGUUCCAUUGAAAUUUGUUUGAAUGCUGGUAUUCUCGUCUGUUAAAAAGCAGAUUGCUGGUUGGGCAUGAGUAAUUCCAAGCUGGUUGAUUUCUUUCAUUACUAUUAUUGUUGACCUACAUCAUAAGGUUUGUGAAAAUAUUUUAUGACCAGUAUUUUUAUCUAAAUUGUCUUCAAACCUGAAUUAGUGUUUUGAUACUCUUAAGUAUCACCCUCAGAGACAAUUAAUAUAUAUCUAGGUUACUGUUCUGUAAUGUACAACUUUGGGUGAUGUUAAUUGUCUGUGUGUAUUCUCAUAUAGAUACUGUGCACUGCUUUUCCUUAGGUUGUUUAGAAAGAGCUGUGUUUUAAGUAUUCAUAAAAGCAACUGUUGAUAGAUAUUGUUUCAGACAACUUAACACAUUUAAGUAAAUCUAGUAUGCCCUUGAAAUUAACAUCUUUGUAUCAUGUUAGCCUCCAGUUAUUUAAAAGAUUCAGAAGAUAGUUUAGGUUGUGCAGUGGUCAAAGUAUUAUAUAACACAGUGGAGGAAAUAUCUACUAAUGAAAGCUUGUUCUGAUCACACAGAUAAAACAAAGCAUUUUAAUAGGUAUUUUAUGUGGUGAUUAGUAUUAUGAUAUAUGUAUAUAAAGGAAAAAAAACAUGUGAUUGUGCUGUUGUUGCAAAUUUAGGAAAAAAAAUUUGCCCAUUUAGUGUUUAUCCAUGAUAUGUUUAUGGUGUAGGAGAUUUGGCAUGAAUUCUGUAUCAAGCCAACCAUAUUUUGAGAUCCUGAGCAACAAUAAUCUCACCAUUUUGAUAAGGAUGAUAGACGAAACAAAAGAAAUCUAGUUCUAGUAAAGAUGACCAUGUAGCUUACAAACAGUUGCAAUCUUCCAUUUCAUUGAGUAACAUUAGUGGUAUUAAAAACUGAAGAUACUAGUCAUAGCAGUUUAGAUCUUUACAAUUUUGCGUGUACAUUGACUAUCAACUUGUCUUUUAGAUAACAUGUGUUAUUAUUGAUUAUGUAGAUUUUGUGAUGUAUAACAUAUAUGUGCCAAACUGGAUGUUAUGUUGUACGUAAGACAUGAUUUUGCAACUGAGUAGAUGGUACAUCUGGGUUAGUAAUUCAAUUAUGACAAACAUACACAUCCUCUUUUUUGUUACUAGUAACAUUUUUCUCUCCAGCAUAGCUGAUGUGGGCCUAUAUGUUUCAAAUUACUUAGGCUUUUUAUCUGCAUCCAUCACUUGUUUUGGUUUAGUACAUAGUACUCUAGGAACACAAGCACAUUCAUAGUGGCCAAUAAAAAUUGAGCAUAAACUGUAUACUUUCUGCUUCUCUUCAGUAUUAUUUUUUUUUUUCUUUUUUCCCUCAAAUUAAUACUGCUUUUCAUUUUUUCUUUAAUGGCAUUUUUUUUAAGCAACAAAUAAAUUUUUCACAUGCCAUUCUUUGGUUUUAAGAUAAGCUAAUAAUGAAGAUUAUAUUUACAUAAAAGAUGCCAACAUUACCAUAGCUUGCUCGACAAGUUUUCAUUGACAUUAAUUUUUUUUUUCAAGUUAAUGUAGUUUAUGUAAAGUUAAUCUAGUUUAAAAAUCUGUUCAUCUACUUAAUAUCUUUUAUUUUCUUAAGUGGAACUACUAUUUUUUUUUCAAACAUAUAUGAAAUAUGUUAUUUUAAGGCUUUUGUAAAGGUAACACGAAUAUGGAUUCUAACAUGUACUGUAUUGUGUAUAUUUCUCCCUAAAUGUUUAUUUCAUCCAUAUUACAAGUGUGCCCAGAUCAUUAUCUUGUCUGAACUGAUUCUUGUAUGGUAACAUCUUUUGGGCUAAAAUAAAUUGCUCAAGUA